UUGCCUCUCGCCAUGGGGAUACUCGUGGGCAGCAGAGCGGCCCUGGUAGCCCUUCUCUUCGUGCUUGCCUCCGCGCCGAAAGGACUGCCCGCAAAAGGGGAACCGUACAGCCACAAGCAGCCACAGUACUGACACCCCCCCUCACCCCACUCCCCACGAGGUUGGCCUAGGCUCCAGGGCAAGCGACGGCACCUCCAUCAGGCCUGUUCAGAGAAGCAUCCGUUUGAGAGAUGGCUGGAGCCACCAGGUCAACACUUCAGGAUCUGCUGACUUUUGAGGAGGUGGCCAUCUACUUUUCCCCAGAGGAGUGGGAAUGGCUAGCAGAUUGGCAGAAGGCUCUCUACAAGGAUGUGAUGACAAACAACUACGAGAUGCUGAUUUCGUUAGUCCCAGACCUUGCUGCCCACAAGCCCACCAUAAUUCUGCAGAUCGAGUGUGGGGAGGAGCCCUGCUGUGUCGGAAGGCUCCAACACACGAAGAUGAGAGAGGUGUCCAGCCACAACGCCUUGGCACAUGGCCAGAUCCUGAUUAAGAAGGAGUCCUGCCUCGAGGAACAUCGCGGUGCGCUGCCAUGCUACGCGGUGCACCCGGAGGCCUCCAAGGGGAGCCUGGACAAUGGAGCGGUCUGCGAACUGCCCGUCUGGCCGGCAGGCGCCACCUCUGCUGGGAAUGGAACGGCCGCCCUGCCACCUUGGCCGAACGACCUCCGGUGGCCAAAUUGCAGGGUGGCUGGCCAGGAGGCGGCACCUGUGGCAUUUCGGGUGGGGCGUCCAGGAGCUUCUGGAGGUGGUUUCUGGUCUGUGGGUGUCGCUGUUCCCCAGCCUGAUGCCCAUGAGGAGAUGCUCCUAAUCUGCACCCAGUGUCAGAAAUGUUUUCCUGCCCGUUCGGCUCGCAGCAUCCCAGCCGUGGUACCCGCCGGGCGGGUCACGCAAGUCUGCCCUGAAUGCGAGAAGAGCAACCCGGGGAGCCUGCCGGCCGUGGCGCACCAGCAGAGGCACGCUGGGGCGCAGCCCUGCGCCUGCGCCCACUGCUCGUCGCUUCGCCUUCGCCAGCGGGCUCCCAGGGAAGAGCGGCCCUUCAAGUGUGGGAAGUGCGACAAAAGCUUCCGGUACGUGCACGAGUACACCUGGCACCAGAAGGUGCACGCCGGGGAGAAGAACUACAAGUGUGGGGCCUGCGAGAAGGUCUUCCGGCACAAGCAGGAGUUGAUGUGGCACCAGCGGACCCACACGGCGGAGUGGCCCCACAAGUGUGGGGCGUGCGAGAAGAGCUUCCGGUUCAAGCAGGAGCUGACAUGGCACCUGAAGACCCACUCGGUGGAGCGGCCCUACAAAUGCACCGAGUGCGGCAAAAGCUUCCGGUUCAAGCAGGAGUUCAUGUGGCACCAGCGGGCCCACGUGGGCGACCGGCCCUACAAGUGCGGCGAGUGCGAGAAGAGCUUCCGGUUCAAGCAGGAGUACACCUGGCACCAGAGGAGCCACGCCGGGGAGAAGACGUACAAGUGCCCCGGCUGCGAUAAGAGCUUCCGGUAUAAGCAAGAGUUCGUCUGGCACCAGAGAAUCCACACCGGGGAGCAGCCGUACCCCUGUGCCUCGUGCGACUCCACCUUCACCUGCCGACAGGAAUACAUGCGCCACCAGCGGCUGCACGAUGGGGAGAAGCCGUACCAGUGCCCCCACUGCGAGAAAACCUUCCGCCGGGGCUCCACCCUGAUCCGGCACCGGCGGAUCCACAUGGGCGAGGGGCCUUUCAAAUGCUCCCACUGCGACAGGACCUUCGGCCAGAGCGCCAACCUCAUCAAGCACCAGCGCACGCACGCGCUGAAGAGCGAGCCCGGGGAGAACGCCUCGGAGUGGCCCCCCUGUUUGCAGGGCUCGGCGGACCCUGUCCAGCAGGACCCCAUGGGGAUGCUGAGCCUGAAGACCGUGUCUGUGGGGGCUCUCCUACUGCUCAACCUCCAAGAGCCAAAGCAGGAAAAAGACCCAGCUGGCCCCUCGGAGGCUUGGGAGCCUCCAAUGUGACGAGGGAUCCCUGCUUCGGAAAUCGCCCUCCAGGCUUCCAGAAACAGUUUGUUGAACCUCGGAUGCUUCCAGCCAAGGAUGUGAACCCCCUGACUCAUUCACUGAAGUUGGACAUUGGGGUCUGGACAUCAUCGUCGCUUUCCACCCGUAACCGCUUCGCGUUUUCCCACCGCUUCUUCCAUCUUUUUUCCUUGCCGCAGAAAAUCCAUUAAAGAAAAAAGGAAAGGAAAAACACACACACAACCCUAAUGGCUGCAAAGCAUCUUUUGACUGGUGCCCUCUGAGCCCUUGGGAAGUUUAGCGCUAGAUUGUUUAGUGUAGAUUGAACAACCCAACAAAGAAGAAGGCAAAGUUGCACCUUCAGAAGGUGCUGAGAAGAGGCUUGGUGAUGUUCCCGUCACGGCUUGGACAUCCAGAGAAGGCCUCCGGUUUGCACCCGCUCAUUUCGGACUCUCCGCUUUGUCGCAACGGUUCAGCCCGCUCUGCCCAUCUCGUUCUCCUGCGGCGGCCUGUGACACUUUUGCUCGGCCGGGGAUUUGCUCGUUGACUCAUGCCGUCUUCACCAAGUCCUUGUUGAGGUUUGGCAGCAAGGACUCCUUACUGGGAGUGUCGUCAAGACAUUUUGGCUCUUGAAGUGGAAAAUCCAAAGGGCACCCCAACUUAAAAUGGGUCUCAGUCGGCUGGGACGUUCUCCUGAGCAUUGCCUCUCUGGGAUGAAAGGCAGGAUCCUGCACAACUCCUGUUUGUUUCAAUGGGUCCUGUGUAGAAGAAUGCACCGGCCUUUUACGCCACGUUUGAUGGCUUCUAUCUGCCUCCUUUUAAUGACAUCGUGAUCCACGUGUGUUGGGAGGCCUCAUAAGAGGGGCCACACCCAAGGGACAUCUGCUUUCACACACUGGGCAAAGUCCUCCUGGAACUUUUCUGGUACGGCCCGAUUCUGUCCUAGCAAGCCAACCUGUAUCCGACUAUCAACCCUGGUGCUGUUCAUUUUUCUCUCAGUCAAUGCUGUCUUGUCUCCAUUGUGAAUUUCUGUGAAAUCCACCCAAUGCCACAAGGCUGCUAUUUUCUUACUUAAAUGAAUAUUUUAAUGUUGAAUCGUGUUUGGAUAAUGUGUCAAGAAAUAUGCAAUUUUUUUACAGUGGGAGAGUGGGGAGGGGGGCGCUUGCAGUGGAGGGGGGGGAAGCAGCACUACUUCUGGCACAGAGUUGCCAACUUUUCCUUACUUGCAGGGUUCUAGUGUCUUUAAAAGCUGCACGUGCAGCAGAAGUUCAGCAGGAGUGGCUCCCCCCAUAAGUACAUCUGCUGGCUGAGAGAAGUGUCAGCCCGUAAUGCAGCUGUUAAAAGCACAGGAGCCCUGCCAGAAUAAGAGAGUUGGAGACCUUACUUUUUAUCUCUUUGUAUAUAUAUCCUUGUGGUUUAAAGUAGAAUGUCAUAAGCAGAUAACCUCUUCUUCUCUGGGCAAGUUGUCAUUAAUAUUAGUAUUAUAUUGUUUGUUUAGUUUUAUUCUCUGCUCUAGCAUUGAGUUACCCUAUUUCCAUAUCUCAUCCAAGGAUCAUCUGGGACAAGACUUUUCUUCUUCUUAUACCCAUUUUACAGACUUUGAAAGAGUGGUAUAACUGCCCCAAGGGUGAGGGGGUGAAAACAGCUGCAGAAGGGUGAGAACCCCAGGCUGCUUGUGUAAGGUCCCGGUCAUUAAACUGCAGCUCCCGGUGAAUUUUCUCACACUCUGGUACCCAAGCUCUGUUGCCGCUGUAUUUGGCCCCAUGGUGGGGCAAUCUCUAGUCCAGACGGAUGAAUUCACAUUCCCUGGUUUUGUACUCGGCUGUCAAGUGAAUCCCCCCACUCCACAUGGAAAUAUGGAGUAAAAGAGU